AUGACACAAGAAGAGAAGCGCUCUAGUCUCGAGCUGGCGGCUGAGAAAGCAGAUAAUGUCUAUGUUGAGGAUGUUGGCAGCGAUCGUCAGCAAGUCGAGCCUGCUGAGAUGGAGGCGAAGAUGAAUUGGCAGACUAUCAUUGCAUACCUUGCCUUAGCAUCCCAGUUCAACGCCUACAUCCUGACUCUCUUAAUCCCGUCCACCAUACUCCCCUACAUCAACGCCGAUUUGGGUCCCGACCCCAAUUAUCCAUGGAUCACCAUCAGCUAG